AUGGACAAACAAGGUCUGAGAACAAGGGCAUUGGCCCCAUACGACCAAGACUAUCCGACUAAUGUGUAUGACACGCGUCCUUAUUUGCAACGUACCUCUCAACGAAAUAAUGACGUUUAUCGGAGUGAUCUUUCGGACGCAUCUGUGUUCCGAACGAAUCUAUACCGUGGGGACGACCUCUACAGCAACACAUAUCCUAUUGCGGGUAGAUUCGCGGAGUUAUACCCGGACGGUGGCAUCUCGCGAGUGUGGUCAGAUGCUACAGGAUGCGAAGACGAGACCUCAGGUCGACUGAAUACUCAGUUCUACAGUCGGCAACAGGCCGAUUAUCCAAUUAGACUAUUCGCCCCUAGCCAAUCAUCAUCACCAUCAUCAUCGUUCAGCACCGAAGGAAUCCUCAUACCAUCAACUCUAGCACGACGAAAGACCGUAUGGGAUGACAUUCGAGGAAGGAAUACCGCGACAUUUCCAGGCUGCGAGCCCUUCGUCAUCCGGCUGCCGGCUAAGGAUUUCCACUGGGAUCGAUGCUACGGCACACAGAAAGAGCUUACACAAGCGGUACAGAAACGGUUCAGUCUGAUUCAACCUGUUAUACGCCUUUCCCCAGAAGCUCCCAAGGGCAAAGAGAUCGUGCUCGGGAUGCGCCACGCUGGAGACUGGGACGAACCAGAAGCUCAUCUUCUUCUAAACGACCUAUUUGACACUAUGGUGUCCUACAGUCUCACCUUGCUCAGCGACAAUUGCACCCUCAGCUUCGUUGAAUACCAGAGAUGGCGAUGCACUAAGUUAUUGCGUGAUGGCAGCCGCAGGAACCGAUAUUAA